UCAUGUACAACAUUUCUAGCUACUUCUUUAGUUAGGCUUUAGUUCUCCUUUAAUUUAAAGGGCCAGUACACCUCCCCUUUAGUACUGUGAAUAGGCAGAGGAGGAAGGGGUGGUCAUUGGCAGGAACGGGUGGGUGGCAGCAGAACUGUGAAGAGAACACCCUCAAAGAGUGCAACAUGGUCUGGCAGUGAACGGGUUAAAGCCCAACACACUGGCAGUUAUUGCAGGGAGGGCAUAUAAGGACCAGCGCAGAUUAAUGUCUCCCCGGGUGGAGAGAGAAUGAUGCAACGUCAGUGUCUGUUCUGCAAGUGGAUCUGGACACAAUCAAACAGGAGGUUUCCUGAAACUGUCGUAGCACUGCCAGCUGAUUGGCUCACAUCUCUGCAAGGGAAUAAAACUGCUGCUCUGAUCCCUGCAAACGAAACAACUCUCAGUCUGAACAGCUGGACAGAGCACCGAAAAGAAGACCGAGAGUUUAGACCUUGAUCCGGAUUCGCGUUCGGAUGCACAAAAUGAGCCGGUGGAUUCAGUGAGCAGAGGUUCUGGGGGAAGCAGCGCAAGGAAAGAGGAGAAAUUGUCACAACCAUUCAUUGUGCUGAGCCAGGAUGAGUAUGCGGAGCACCAUUCCUCCAUCAUGCACUGCAGGGUCGACUGCUCCGGGCGCCGGGUGGCUAGUCUGGAUGUUGACGGGGUGAUUAAAAUCUGGUCUAUUGAUGGCAUCAUGCAGACAAAAGCUUCCGCCAUCUCCAAGUCGGCUCUGCUCUCCCUGGAAUGGGCGACAAAGAGAGACAGACUGGUCAACACCAUAGACGCCAUCAUCAGCCUCUAUCUCAAAGGCUUAACUUGGAGGCACUUGUAUCUUUUAUUCAGCUCAGUAACUGAAACAAAGCCUGAACAAAUGAAAAAGGAGAUACUAUAAUCCCUCAACAGAAGAGCCACUGAAGGUAUCAUCUAGGCCAUCUCCAACAUUCCUGCCGAAGUUGUUUGGUGUUUAUUCGGAAUCUGUCAUGUCUGACCUCCUAAUAGUGAAUGGCAAGCAUAAAACCAACCUGUAAUUGUUUCUCUACACCGUCUCACCCCACACGCUCCCUUUAA